AUGUUGCUUAGCUUUCAAAGCCUUUCAACAGCACAUGAAGAUCCAACUUACAAGGAAGUACAAGUGGGAGUGAUUCUUGACAUGGAAUCAUGGGCAGGGAAGGUCGUUUAUCGUUGCAUCACCAUGGCUAUUUCUGACUUUUACACAGCCAAUCCUCUCUACACAAGGAUUGUUUUUAAGACCAGGGAUACCAAAGGAGAACCACUGCGUGCCUUGUCUAGUGCUCUUGAUCUAUUGGAGAACACUAAAGUGCAAGCCAUAAUAGGUCCUGAAUCAACAGUGGAGGCAAGAUUUCUGGACGUUUUUGAGGACAAGGCUAACAUACCAAUUCUUUCCUUUUCAACAAGUCCCUUUCCAAAUCGUAAUCCUUAUCUUCUUCAAAUUGCACAAGAUGAAAACACUCAGUUCAAAGCCAUUGCUGCGAUGGUUGAUUCAUUUAAAUCCACGGAGGUGAUUGUCAUAUGUGAGGACACUACAAAUGGGAGAGAAAUGACGACUUAUAUGGUUAGUGCGUUUCAAGAAAAAAACAUAUAUGUUAUGUAUGCUAGCUUCAUUUCAGCCUCUUCCAAAAAUGAACAAGUGUGGGAAGAGCUUCGUAAGCUUCAAACUAUGCAGACCAUGGUGUUUGUGGUGCAUGUGUCACCUUCUCUAGCGACCAAUGUUUUCUCUAUGGCAAAAGAGUUAGGCAUGAUGGGCGAAGGAUACAUGUGGAUCGUAACAAGUAAGACUACAAACUACUUGGAAUCCCUGGAUUCUGAAGCAAUUGAAUCAAUGCAAGGGGCUGUGGGUUUCAGAUCUUAUUUUCCUGCAUCAAGGGAACUUCACAAAUUUGUUUCGAAAUGCAGAAAGGAACAUUAUGAUUUGAACCCUUUUAUGGAGUUUAAGGGGGUAGAUCCCAGUGGUAUAUGGGCAUAUGAUGCAGUUUACGCACUAGCCAUGGCUGUUGAAAGGAUACAAACUACAUCACUUUUGGAUGAGUUGUCAAGAGUCAAGUUCCAUGGAUUAGGUGGUCAAUUUAAGCUUAUGAAUGGAAGAAGCAUCUCCAAAGCCAUGGAAGUUGUAAAUGUGAUUGGUAAGGGUGGUAGGAGAGUUGGAUUCUGGAUGAUGGCUACCGGUGGUGGGUUUGUGAAAGAAAUAAAGAAAUCAAAUUCCUCUUCCAAUCAAGGCCUUGAAAUUAUCAUGUGGCCAGGUGGGACUACAAGCAUUAAUCCAAAACGUAGGAUGCUACAAACAAAUGGCAAUAAGAAGCUGAGAAUUCUGUUUCCAGGUGCCAACCUAUUCCCAAAUAUAGCACAAAUAAGUGUUGAUCCCAGAACAAAUCUAUCGUUUGUCAGCGGCUUCACUGGGGAUGUUUUCAAUGCUGCAUUUAACGCCUUAGACUACGGAGUUGAGAUUGAAGUUGUUCCGUUCUCUCAUAAGGAUGGAAGUACUUACAAUGAUGUGAUCCAAAAAAUCUAUCUUAAGGAAUAUGAUGCUGCUAUCGGGGAUUUUACAAUCACUGAAAAUAGAUCUCUCUUUGUCGACUUCACGUUGCCAUUCACUGAUCUUGGAGUUGGCAUAGUAGCCAGAAACACUAAGAACGGCAUGUGGAUCUUCUUAGAUCCUCUUAGUGCAGAUCUUUGGAUCACAAGUGCUUUUUUCUUUCUUUUUUUGGGGUUUGUCAUUUGGUUUAUAGAACAUCGUACAAACAAUGAAUUUCAAGGGGAGAAGCUGCAAAGUAAUCUAUCAAGAUUCGUGGUUACUGUUUGGGUUUUUGUAGUGCUUGUGCUCACGUCAAGUUACACUGCAACAUUGAGUUCACUUUUAACAGUACAACAAAUUGGAAUGAAGGAGAUGUCUAUUGGGCUCCAGGGUCUUUCACCUGUAGGAAUUGUGUAUAACAAAAUGAAUGUUGUUGACGGCUGGUCUGAGAAACUAUAUGCGCCAGAGGACUAUGCUAAAGCAUUAACAACCGGAAGAUUUGAUGCAAUUGUCUCUGAGAUCCUUUACGUCAAAUCAUUACUUGCAAUGUAUUCAGGUGCUGAUUUCUCUUUGAUUGCAACAGCACCCACCACCAACGGCUUCGGCUUUGCGUUCCAGAAAGGUUCACCUUUGGCAAGAGAAAUGUCCACUCAGAUAGCAAAAAUGCGCCAAGACGGGACACUAAAAGCAUUAGAGGAUAAAUGGUUGAAACCUGAAUCUGCAAUGAUGUCAAAGGAUGUUUCUUCCCCUUCACCAAAAAUAUUGAAUUUUUAUGGGCUUCGAGGUCUCUUUUUUAUCAGUGGUGUAUCCAUGGCAUUGGCCCUUUUGUUUUCCAUGAUUGAUCUUGUUCGUGAAAAAUGGCAUAUCAAAGAUAAGAUUAAGAUGUUGAGGUGCGUCUUACAUAGAUCUUCAGAAACACAUGCACAUGAUAAUGAUGUGGAAUCAACGGUUUGA